AAUAUCCACACUUACAACACACUUCACAAUUUCACAUACCAAACAAAUUAAAAACCACCACAACACAAGAAGCUUAUCCACAACAAGUACUGAAAACCCUCACUGCAUUUUCCACAAACUCUUGAGUAGAGUUACACACAAAAAAGUAGCAACAUGGCCCUUGAGAGUUGUUUAAGAGUAUCCACACCAAGACCUCAUUGUCUUCCUCCAUUGUUUUCAUCUUCAAGGGAAAAGCUUGUUUUCUCAACUCAAAAGGUAGGAUUCAAGAAAUCUGUGCUGAACUCAACUCUUUCACUUCCAUCUGGUGUUGCUUAUAGAAAAUCCCGUUUUGUUUGCAAUGCUCGUGAAGCUGUAAAUGAAGUUCAAGUAGUGAAUGACUCAAGCUGGGAUGAACUUGUGGUUGGAAGUGAUACACCUGUGCUUGUAGAUUUUUGGGCACCAUGGUGUGGUCCAUGCAGAAUGAUAGCGCCGAUAAUCGAUGAAUUAGCCAAAGAGUAUGCUGGAAAAAUUAAGUGCUACAAGCUCAACACAGAUGAAUCACCAAACACUGCAACAAAGUAUGGCAUCAGAAGCAUACCGACUGUUCUGUUUUUCAAGAAUGGGGAGAAAAAAGACAGUGUAAUUGGAGCAGUUCCUAAGGCUACUCUGUCUGAGAAAGUGGAAAAGUAUAUUUGAUGCAUGAACUCAGGAAAGAAAUGAUACUCUUAUGACAUGCAUUAUAGUAUCAGAAAUGGAUGGAAUGGGAUGGAAGAAAUGACAAUAGUGACAUUGCUGAUUUUCAUUUCAUCCAAUUCUUUUUUCCAUGUCUUACAAGGCAAAAGGUAGUUUGUAUCUUUAUCAUCACUAUAUGUAAGGGUUAUGUUUCAAUCUAUGGAUUCAACACAUUGAAUAAUCCUUGUAUAUUUCUUUUAUUUUUCAUCAUUUUGUAAAGUUUACAUUGGAUAAACAGACUUCUUUCAA